AAAGGCGUUAUCAGCUUACUGAUAUAGAGUCUUUUGGUCCUUUCAGUUAAGUUGGUAUCGUCUUUACAAACAUGCCAUAUUAUAUACAGAGGCUUUAUAAUACUUGCAGAACGUCAUUCUCUCCCAAUGGCCCUCUUUCUGAUGAAGCUCUUGAAAGAGUUCGUACUAUGCUAGAUAAAAUUAAGCCUUCUGAUGUGGGUCUGGAACAGGAGGUGCAGGUGGUACGUAAUUGGUCUGGUCCUGUAAAUGAGCGGAAUGGAAGCCAUCCGUCAUUGUCUCCAAUCAAGUAUAUGCACUUGCACGAGUGUGAUAACUUCUCUAUAAGAUUUUUUUGUAUGGCACCUUCCUCUAUCAUACCUCUGAACUAUCAUCCAGGAAUGACAGUGCUUAGCAGGCUUAUCUAUGGCUCAUUACACGUAAAGUCAUAUGAUUGGCUUGACCCAACAGAGCUUGAAGAUCCACUACAAGCAAGAGCUGCAAAGCUUGUCAAGGGUACUGAGAUGACAGCUCCUUGUGCGACAACAGUGCUUUAUCCCACAAGAGGAGGCAACAUUCAUUGUUUCAGGACACGGACUCCCUGUGCCAAUUUUUUAUGUUUUAUCUCCAUCUUACUCUUCGGAGCAUGGAUGACACUGCACUUACUUCCAGAGAUCCCCAAGAAAGGAUUUACCUGGCGAGAUCAAAACGAAUGAAGAGACGUUCUCCGAAGUGACUUGGUUAGAAGAGUUUCAGCCUCCUGUCUACUUUGUGAUUCGGAGAGGGCUGUACAAGGGUCCUGUUAUUAGAACUUGAAAUAUUCUUGUACCAUGCAUCCAAUAUUCUUAAUGAACUACACCAAUGCAAACCUGCGAUUUCACUGACCUCACAUUUUGUUAGUGGGACAGGGUAAGUUGAGAGGAACUUGGCACAUAAUGACUUUUCUUUUUUGCUUU